CAUUUCAAAUCAAAGUCAUAGCUUGGUUUUGAAUAGUUAAUAUUAUUUAUAAAAUGAAUACUUUAUUCCCUAAGAUAUGUAAAUUUUUACGUGUGUAUAAUAAUAAUUUAGCGCGUAGAUUCCAUAAGACUUCAAUUCUUUACCAAGAUUCCGUUAAAGAAGCCAAUCCUCUAAUAUUGGAACCCAUCGAAUAUGAGAGUUGCACGUUAAGGAGCCACGACAAUGAAAGGCGUCAAUCUCUAUAUGAAUUCGGUUUAUACGUUGGUGCAUGUCUGCCGAAAUUCGUACAAAAGAUUCAAAUGCAACACACCGACGAAUUGGAGAUUCUCGUCGCGCCCGAAGGCUUGUUCCCCGUACUAAGUUUUAUGUGUCUGCACCAACACGCCUGCUUCAGUCAAUGCUCGUCGGCGACGGCCAUCGAUGUACCCAGUCGCACAUACAGGUUCGAAGUAAUUUAUGACAUUCUUAGUUUGAGAUUCGGUGAAAGAGCCAGAGUCAAAACUUACACCGACGAAGUGACUCCAUUGCAUUCGGCUUAUGAUAUUUGGAACGGUGUCAAUUGGCAUGAACGAGAAAUAUAUGACAUGUUCGGUGUUAUUUUUACUCACCAUCCUGAUUUGAGGAGAAUUUUGACAGACUACGGGUUUAAAGGUCAUCCAUUGAGAAAGGAUUUCCCCCUAGUUGGGUAUACAGAGGUGCGGUAUGACGAUGGUUUGAAGAAACUGGUGUAUGAACCUGUUGAGUUUGCGCAGGAAAUGCGAAGCUAUCAGUUGGAAUCUCCUUGGAAUUAUUACAAAAAUUUCGAUGAAGAUUACAAUGCUCCACCACCACCGCCCAAAAAGAAGUGAGAUUAUUUAGUGUUUUGUUUAUUUUAAUAAAGACAAUUUUUGAUUAUUUAA